GAUAACGUGGCUUUUCAUGCUGUUAUGUUUCCUGCAGUGCUGCUUGCUACGCAGGAAAAUUAUACAUUGGUUAAUCGACUCAGCGCUACGGAAUAUCUCAAUUACGAGAACACAAAAUUUAGCAAGUCACGUGGGACAGGUGUGUUCGGUGAUAUGGCCUCUAAAACUGGCAUAGACGCUGAUUUGUGGCGAUUUUACUUGCUGUAUGUGCGACCCGAAACACAGGAUACAUCAUUCGCUUGGGACGAUUUUGCCUUGAAGGUAAAUGCGGAACUGCUAAAUAAUUUGGGAAAUUUCGUGAAUCGUGCUCUGAGUUUCCUGGUGAAGUAUUUCGAUUCGGUGGUGCCCGAGAUGUAUCUUGAUGAGCAGGCGAACACAAUGCUUGCUGAAAUCGCAGCAGUUCUCAGUGAGUACGACUCAUCUUUUAGCGAACUGAGACUUCGCGAUGGUAUUGUCAAAGUACUUGCUGUCUCACGACAUGGAAAUCUGUACAUUCAGUCAACGCAGCCCUGGGUUCUUAUCAAAGGGAACGAGAAUGAAAGGUUUUUUUUUUUUUUUCACUAACU